UCCUUAGCUAGUAUUCAUUUGGGUAUCUCUUGAAAUACGCCUAUGGUAAUAUGGAGUUUCAAAAAGUAUUAUUAAUCGUUUGUUUUCUUAAGUGUUUCUACUUAGUGAGAGCACGGCAGUUUAGAGUUACAGAUCAAGUAUAUCUAGAUAUACGUGAUGAGAAUAAGGACUUGGGUCGAGUUGUAAUUGGCUUAUUUGGAGAUUUAGCACCGAAGGCUGUCAAGAAUUUUAAGGUACUGGCUACAAAUGGCAUAAAUGGAAUGUCGUACAAAGGCACAAGUUUCAAUCGCAUUAUAAAGAGAUUUAUGAUACAAGGAGGUGAUGUAGUGUCUGACGAUGGAACGGGUUCGGUAAGCAUUUACGGAGAGUCAUUUGAAGACGAAAAUCUGGAUACACAACACAGUUCAGCUGGAUUUGUAUCAAUGGCCAAUAAAGGAAGAAAUACAAACGGCUGUCAAUUUAUAAUAACUACAAUUGGAACGCCGUGGUUGGAUAACUUACAUACUAUUGUUGGAAAGAUAGUGGAGGGUCAAAACGUGGUGCACGUGGUGGAACAUACACCGACGGAUGCACAAGAUCGGCCCACGCGGCGUGUAUAUAUCGCCGACUGCGGACUCCUACCCACUCCACAGCCGUUUUACGUUUCUGAUGAUCCUUACGACAUUUGGGCGUGGAUCAAGGCGUCUACGGUACCACUGACCAUGUCUUUUUCGAUAUUAGGUUUCUUUCAUUGGAUGAUGCGGAAGAUGGAGAUAUAAAAACUUAUCAAUUUAUGUAAAUUAAUUUAUAUGAUUGUAAUUUGUGAAUUAGAUUUCA